ACCAACAUCGCUUCGGGGCUUAUUUACACAAAUGGCUUGUCGAACGUCACGGUGUAAGACACGUUACAUGUGUUAAUGAGAGGUUUAAACUCAUUUUCGGAUGUUCAAAACAGGAUUUGAUUCAAAGCAUUUUCAACAGUUUAUUGUAUGCAUAUAGACGUAAUAAUAAAUUCUUGCAGAUCAGUGGAUUAAAAAAAAACAGUGCGACAUUAGAAACGGAGGUAUAAUUGCGCUAUAUUAAACGAUUAAAAUCUUCUCUGAAAAAAAACGAUGGGGACAAUAAACAUUUUUCGGACAACGGCCGUGCUGCUAGCUGUUGUAACAUGCAGUAGUAGUGUUGAAGAUAAAGCACACUGGCGGAAGAUUGCUCUGGACGACAUAACCCGCAAACUUUAUCACACGCCAAACACGCGCGUUGCUAAGAACGUGGUGCUCAUGAUAGGGGACGGGAUGGGAAUCUCGACAGUCACGUCAGCCCGAAUACUGAAAGGUCAGCUGAAAGGCAAAGCGGGCGAAGAGACCUUUCUGAACUUCGAAAAGUUCCCCUAUACGGGUCUUUCAAAGGUGUACAGCCAGGACUACCAGGUGCCGGACUCCGCUGCCACUGCGUCCGCCAUGAUGACAGGUGUGAAGACAAACUCCCGAUGUAUGGGCGUGGACGGGCUCGCAAUGCCGGGGGAAUGCCGGAAUCUCACGGAGAGACGGCUCAACGGCAUGGGCCACUGGGCAAACGACGCCGGUAAGAGCACGGGGUUCGUAACGACAUCACGUGUGACACACGCCACACCGGCAGCCAUGUACGCGGUGACCACCAACCGGGACUGGGAAGAUGACCGAAGCGUCCCGAAAAACACCGGAAGUCCAUAUUGCACGGAUAUCGCGUGGCAACUCAUCCAUAAUAAUAGCCACAUGAAUGUGAUAAUGGGCGGCGGAAGUGCUAAUUUCGUGCCGACGACAGCAUCAGAUCCUGUCACCUUAAGAUCAGGACGAAGACUCGACGACACCAAUCUAAUAGAGGUCUGGAAAAACGACAAAAUACAGCGUAAUGCCAAUUACAGCAAGGCAUACAAUGCGAAGCAGCUUGAAGACAUAGAUCCGGCAAACACACAGUAUCUCUUGGGUCUGUUUGCAAGCAGUCACAUGGCGUAUGAGCUUGACCGCAACAAGGAACCGGAAGGCGAGCCAAGUCUUGCGGAUAUGACGCGUAAGGCCAUACAGGUGCUUAGCAACAACGACAACGGAUUCUUCCUCAUGGUUGAAGGUGCUCGUAUUGACCACGGUCACCACGAGACCAAGGCCAAGAAGGCGCUGUAUGACACGCUGGCGUUCGAGGAGGCAGUGCAGGUUGUCAUGGAUACGACCAGGGAGGAGGAGACGCUGAUCAUCGUCACGGCUGACCACUCGCACGUGCUUACCAUCAACGGCUAUCCGCACAGGGGCAACGGCAUAUUAGACGUUGUACGCCCCCUCAACCUCACUCAAGUACAGGACGGUCUGCCGUACACCACCCUGAGCUAUGCAAACGGCCCGGGCGCCAAAUCACCUCGAACCAAUCUCACUGGAGUGAACACCACCACCGAUGCCUUUCAGCAGCCUUCGUUUAUCCACCUUAGUUCGGAGACGCACUCCGGUGAGGACGUGGCUAUCUACGCACGCGGUCCCAUGGCGCACCUCCUUACUGGCGUCAAGGAACAGAACGUUAUCGCCUACGUCAUGGCGUACGCAGCGUGCGUAGGGGACAUCGGAAUAGGUUGCCAGGACGCCAGGACGGCCAAACAGACCGGCGGUUCAACGACAAAUAUUGUUGAUCAAGUGCUUUUAUUAAGCGCUGUCGUUACUUAUAUCGUACAAUUGUAAAACCAAUUCGACCGUGUGCCGGAGUGCUUGCUUUUUUUUACAUUCCAUUUCUGAGUGUUUCUGUUUGUUUUGCAUACAUAUUGCAUUUAUGUUUUGUUAGUUGUUAUCAUGUUUAUAUGCAUAAUAGCAUGUGUUUUUUGGUUUAUCAUUUUAUUAAAAGCAAUAAACGGAUUCAUAGAACUGAUAAA